UGUUUCCUCCUCCCACAUGAAUGAAGACCACUGCUUUAGGCAGGUACAGCCAUGUUGCUGGAGGGUUUGACCUCUGAUGAAGCAGGAUUAUUUCCAUCUCCAUUUUUGCUUUUGUGGUCACAGGAACAAGUAUUUCUGCUCCCAAGUAGGUGCAAGUAGCUGCUCCCAACUGGUAUGUUUUUUGAAAGAAAUGGACUUGGUACUCAAACAAUCCACUGUUUUGCAGUUUGGAAAUUCGUUUUCCUUCUUGUUCUGGAUAUCAUAUGAUUCAUCUGUCAUCUUUCUGAUGAACUGAUUAAGCUCAUGUUCCAGGAUCUGAAGAGCGGGCCUGCUUGAAGUUGGACAGGAUCUUGUAGCAAUCUUGGAUCUGCAAGAGUUGGUCCUGCACUCAUCCCAAAUCUGAACUCUGAACACUUUCCUUGGGAAGAUUUUUCAGGGGUAGCUGUACCCCAAAACCAUAUUUAAUUAGCCUACCAUGCUUCUUCAUCAACUUUGAUGUUUCUAAAUCUAUUUAUAGGAAAAAAGGGUAGAUUUUUUUCAACACCCUUACGAGUCGUCAACUUAGAAAGCCUAUCAAAGCCUCUCAAAAAAAUCCAACACAAGUCCCUGUAAAGUCUUAGACGAGAACUUUAUUGGCAUUAAUAGAUGGUUUACUACAGUGUUUUUGCAUUUGUCUUCAGUGGCAGAAAAAGAGAACUUGCAAAUGGGAUAAACUUGAGUAGCCAAGCAAAUCGAGCCAAUUAUGUGGGCAAUCCUUGCUGACAUCGACCACCUAUAAUCAGCAGUGCAAAACAUAAACUGGCUGCUCCUCUUGCUGGCAAUGAGCUUGGUUUCGUUGGCUGGUCCUGUUGUAGAUUCCUUGGAGCCCUCCAGUUUGGCCAAUGGGAAUUCAGGGAAGAGGGAGACCAUGAAGUCCGAGGGGACAAAAGAGUCUCGCAGUGAUCAAGAAGAGGGAGGAGAUGAAGAUCACUCGAACGGGCAAGCCGACCCUCUCAGAGAGGCCACUGAGCUGAAUGGGACCUAUGAAAAUAUGGACACAAAGAGAACUGAACAGAACCAGUCUGCACAAGGGUCACCAGCCCGAUCCUCAACCAUGGAGAACGGACUGUCAGAGACUGUGCCGCCCCACGGCUCUACAGUGGGCAGUAAUGGAUAUAUUCUAAGCAAACAGCAGGAAGACACAAUGUCAGCCCCACACAGGACUAACUGGUCUCCCAUAGGGGGUUCCACACUGGGGCAUGGGACUAAAAGCUCGCCAACUUCAGCUUCUACAUUGCGACCCCCAGAACAGGGUUCUUCAAACAGUCCUGCAAGCCCAGGACCGAGCCCAACAGAGAUGCGAGCAGAAACAGAGACUAAAAAUGGCAUAGUAUCAAAUACGCCCCCACCAACUAUACAUCGCGCACGCAAAACUAUGUCAAGGCCGGCUUCAAACCAGACACUAAAGUUUUUGAAUAGGGAAAAUAAGGAGCCAGUCAUGGUGAAAGAUGACAGUCUGGGUAAACUAGAGGCAGUGCAGCCUCAGCCAUCUCCAAUCCAGAAUCAGCUACCUCAAAGCCAAAUUGACGCCACAUCUGUACUGAACACCACACCAGCCAAGCCACAAAACAGGUUAGUUGAACCCAGACCUGUCUCUCCCUCAGUAGCAGCCGUGUCAAGGAAGAAGAAAAGAAAGAUGGGAAUGUAUAGUCUUGUGCCCAAGAAGAAAAAUAAAGUUUUGAAACAACGCACAGUUCUGGAGAUGUUUCAGCGUAUGUCCCAGUCUCCACCCAACCCUCAGUCAAAAGAAGCCGUGCAUGUGAAUGGCGAGAGAAUAGAGAAUGAGUCUGAUGAAGAAGAGUCAGAGGACGGAGAAGACACAGAGGAGGAUGAGGAGCUGGUCAGAGUGGAUGGAGCGAAACCCUCUCAGGAGGGACCCAAGAUAGAUCCAGUCUCUCAGCCUCUUGAAGAAGAACAGGAGUCUGAGGAGUCACCGGAGGGUGAAGGCGAAGAGGAAGGGGAUGAAUCAGACUUGAGUUCAGAGUCCAGCUUGAAAAAGAAAUGGAAAAAGAAAGUCAAAGGGGACCAUGCCUGGCUCCGACCAUCAAGGAAACGCAAGAGGAAAUUGAAAGCGAAAACAGAAGGACUAUCAGGAAUAGAGUCCCAGUCUCAGUCUGAGAGCCAGAGCUCCCCAUCAGCUCCUUCUGACAACAGGAAAGAGUAUAAAGAAGUCCCACUAGACUCCCUAAACCUAGCAGCACAGGAAGCCUUACUGACAUCUCAGAGUACAGCUGUUUCAGGGUCAGUGGAGAGCACAGACAUGGUGCAGGAACUGCCCCUUUGCAGCUGUCGAAUGGAGAUGCCCAAGAGCCGAGAGAUUCUCACACUUGCGGACAGGAAGUGUAUGGCCACAGAGAGCAUUGAUGGCCAGCUGAGCCGUUGUCAGAGUGCAGUGCUGAAGCACGAGAUGAUGAGGCCUUCAAACUCAGUCCAACUGCUGGUUCUGUGUGAGGACCAUCGUACGGGCAUGGUCAAACAUCAGUGCUGCCCAGGCUGUGGCUUCUUUUGCAGAGCCGGCGUCUUCAUGGAGUGUCAGCCAGAGGUGAACAUCUCCCACCGGUUUCAUCGAGCCUGUGCCUCGGUGCUCAACGGGCAGAGCUUUUGUCCACACUGCGGAGAGGAGGUCAGCAAGGCGAAAGAGGUCACCAUUGCCAAGGCCGAUACGACGUCUACUGUGCCUCUCACCCACGGCUCCUGCACGCCCAGCACCUCAGAGGGCAAAGCAGACACCACCACUGGAGGGUCCACUCGGCUCUCUAUUCUUGGAGAGGGCAAAGCAGAUAGCACCUUAUCGAAACCUCCACGGUCACAUGACACAUCUGUGUCACCUUUGGGCUCCAGAACCGGACCUGUAGGAGCUGGUUCUGGAACCGGACCUCUACCAGGAACCACUAAAGAAACUCUGGAAAGUGUCCUGCUGGCUCUAGAUGCAGAGAAGCCCAAGAAGCUUCGGUUUCACCCAAAACAGCUGUACAUUUCUGCCAAACAAGGGGAGCUGCAGAAGGUCCUAUUGAUGCUGGUGGAUGGGAUAGACCCUAACUUUAAAAUGGAGAGCCAAAAUAAACGCACACCGCUCCAUGUAGCAGCUGAAGCAGGUCAUCAGGAAGUCUGUCAUAUGCUGGUGCAGGCUGGUGCAAACCUUGACAUGUGUGAUGAGGACCAGCGGACUCCCCUGAUGGAGGCAUGUGAGAAUAAUCAUCUUGACACAGUACGCUAUCUUCUGAGGGCUGGAGCCAUCGUCUCUCACAAGGAUGUUGAAGGUUCAACAUGUCUCCAUCUUGCUGCUAAGACUGGACAUUUUGGCAUUGUACAACAUUUGCUGUCUACAGGCCUUGUAGAUAUUAAUUGCCAGGAUGAUGGAGGUUGGACAGCUAUGAUUUGGGCCACGGAGUACAAACAUGUAGACCAAGUAAAACUGUUGCUUUCCAAAGGGGCUGACAUCAACAUCCGAGACAAGGAGGAAAAUAUCUGUCUACACUGGGCGGCAUUCUCUGGCUGUGUGGAGAUAGCUGAGAUCCUGCUGGAUGCAAAGUGUGAUCUGAACGCCGUCAACAUCCAUGGAGACUCACCGAUGCACAUAGCGUCACGGGAGAGCCGGCUCGACUGUGUGAACUUGUUUCUGUCACGAGGUGCUGACAUAAGCCUUAAGAACAAAGAGGGAGAGACGCCCAUGGAGUGCUGCAGCCUGAACUCGAAAGUUUGGUCCGCCCUUCAAGCCAACAAAAAGCAGAGAGAAGCUAACAGCAAUCAGACUGACCCUGUAGAGAAGCUUCUCAACAGGGACAUCGCCAGAGGCUAUGAGAAAGUCCCCAUCCCGUGUGUGAAUGCAGUGGAUAGCGAACCCUGUCCUGACAACUACAAAUAUGUCCCUGAUAGCUGUGUGACGUCCCUAAUGAACAUUGACAAAAAUAUCACCCACUUGCAGUACUGCGUCUGUAAAGACGAUUGCUCCUCAGCUAGAUGCAUGUGUGGCCAACUCAGCCUGCGCUGCUGGUAUGAUAAAGAGAGCCGUUUGCUGCCCGAGUUCUGCAAUAAGGAGCCACCUCUUAUAUUUGAGUGCAACCACGCCUGCUCCUGCUGGAGAACCUGCAAAAACCGUGUGGUACAGAACGGACUGAGGAUAAGACUGCAGUUGUUCAGGACGCAGAUGAUGGGAUGGGGUGUCAAGACGUUACAGGAUAUCCCUCAAGGAACAUUUGUUUGCGAAUACAUUGGUGAGAUCAUCUCUGACGCUGAAGCAGAUGUCAGAGAGAACGACUCCUAUCUUUUCAGUCUGGACAGCAAGGUGGGUGAUAUGUACUGCGUUGAUGCGCGUUUCUAUGGCAACAUCAGCCGCUUCAUAAACCAUCACUGUGAGCCGAAUCUGUUCCCCUGUCGGGUGUUCACCUCUCACCAGGACCUCAGAUUUCCUCACAUCGCGUUCUUUGCCUGCAAGAACAUCAGUGCCGGAGACGAACUUGGGUUUGAUUACGGUGAUCACUUCUGGGUUGUAAAAGGGAAGCUGUUCAGAUGCCAGUGUGGCUCAUCCAAAUGCAAGCACUCAGCCACUGCCAUCGCCCAGAGACAGGCAGACAGUACUCCGGGAGACCAGCAGCCCAGCGCCCUGCCCGAUACCAGCUCGUCCACCCCAUCCAGCCCCAGCUAAGCCCUCUGACAGCCAUCUUUCUAGCAUAAAACAUCCGGUUCUCCUACUUU